AUGUCUUUGUCUGAAGACACGGUUUCAUUGAAUGGAUUGAUUCAAAAGUUUUAUUUAUUACAAGAGGAAAGAGCGCACACUUACAGACUCUUCGAAGAGGGUCAUAAGAUAUACAUCGCGUCGGCACCCAAUUAUAAUUUCCUGAAAUUCCGACAAUUGGUGAAUGAAGUGACCCAAGAAUUCAAGCGAAUAUCGGUGGCCAUCAUAUCGAUUGAGAAACAGUUGCGUUUCAAUGGAUUCGCCAAAAUUGCAGACAUUGUGACCAAAUUGCAGGAAUCGGAGAAAAACAAACUCGAGUUAAGCGCUAAACUUCAGAUCGCGAAACAACAGGCCAUCGAUGGCGCAGAUUUGGCCGACAACUGGAAUCAAGUGGUUGUCAUCAAACAAAAAGUGAGAGAUGUUAUCGAUUCGGUUAACGAACAGAUCCUAGAGUUGCGACAAGAAGUGCAAGACGUGGACAAUAAAUACGAAUGACAUAUCAGACACAAACCGCUAGACAUUAACUAAUUAGGAAUUAUCCCUUUUUUAUUAUCAAAAACAAUGAAUCUGACAUUUAUUUCAAUUAAAAAUUAAUUUUUAUACUUUC